CGUAUUUGAAGGAUUCUUUGUUUCUAGUCGGACUUUUUGUAAAUGGAGUCUUUUUGCUUCCUGUGUCGUUGAGCUGAGUGGUGUGAUUGUCUGUGGAUACGUCUGUGCGACAAAAUGCAGGACCCAAACGAGGACACGGAGUGGAAUGACAUCUUGAGGAAGAAAGGGAUUCUUCCCCCAAAAGAGGUCCCGAAGGAAGAUGAAGAGGAGGAACAGUUGGCUCUCCAGCAACAGUCUGUCGUGAAAACGUACGAGGACAUGACGCUAGAAGAGCUGGAGGAGAACGAGGAUGAGUUUGAAGAAGACGAUGAGGCCGCCAUCGAGAUGUACAGACAGAAGCGUCUGGCCGAGUGGAAGGCCAAUCAGGUGAAGAACGUCUUCGGGGAGGUGACAGAAAUCUCAGGUCAGGAUUACGUCAACGAGGUCAACAAGGCAGGCGAGGGCAUCUGGGUGGUGCUGCAUCUCUACAAGCAGGGCAUCCCGCUGUGCGCACUCAUCAACCAGCACCUCAGCGUGCUGGCCCGCAAGUUCCCUCAGGCCAAGUUCCUCAAGUCCAUCUCCACCACCUGCAUUGCCAACUACCCCGACCGCAACCUACCCACCAUCUUCGUCUACUUCGAGGGCGAGAUAAAGGCGCAGUUCAUCGGGCCGCUGGUCUUUGGCGGCAUGAACCUCACAUUGGAAGAACUGGAGUGGAGGUUAUCAGAGACCGGAGCCGUGAAGACAGACUUGGAAGAGAACCCCAGGAAGCAAAUAGAGGACAAGCUCAUGUCGUCCAUCAGGUCCUCGCUCCCCACUCGCAAGGACAGUGACUCUGAGGACGAGGACUGAGAGAGCGCGCGGGGCGAGCUCUGCCCCCACGUUUUGACAUCACAUGCAUUUCACACAUUAUUGUCGCCAUGGGAGAUCUCCUAAUUGACUGCCAAGCCUCCGCCAGGGAAACAAUCAAGAGACAUACAUUAAAUGUCUUAUUUCUAUUAUAA